AUGGAAGACAAUAUACUCGAGGUAUCUAAAACGAGUAAAUUAAAGGGAGUCGAGAAUUGGAUGUCUUGGAAAUUUGAGACAAAAGUGAAGCUGAUGGCCAUUGGGGCCAUUAGCAUAGUCACCGGGACAAUUCCAAUGCCGGUCCAACCUGCAGAAGAAACUGGUAUGCAGGAGUAUAGAAACUCACUUGUUAAGUGGGAGCUCAGUGAAGGAAAAGCACAGAGCGUAAUUGUGUGUAGUGUAACACACCAAGUGCAGCAGCAUCUCAGAAAUUGUUCAACAGCUAAAGAAAUGUGGGACCGUCUUCACUCAGUUUAUGAAAGCAAGAGUGAGACAUCAGCUCACAUGUUGGCCCAAAAGUGGUACUCCAUAAAGAAGGAUGACAGUGAGAGCAUGGCGUCAUAUAUAUCAAAUAUCCAAGAGCUUGCUCAUAAAAUGAAAGAAUUGGGUGAGCCUGUAUCUGAUGUAAUGAUAAUUAGAAAAAUACUUUUAACUUUGCCUCCAUCUCUAGAUCAUUUUCACACUUCAUGGGAAAGUACAGAGCCCUCUUCACGUACAAUUGAAAAUCUCACCUCCAGAUUACUAAUGGAAGAAGAGAGAAAAUGUAUAAGAGAAGAGAAGGAAACAAGUGAGGCUUUAGUAGCUAAAAAGUUCAACAAAAAAGGUGGAACAAAAAAAGACAAAACCUGUACUUAUUGCAAGAAGACAGGUCAUCUGUGGAAAAGCUGCUAUAAAAGAAAAAAUGAUGAGGCUGAUAAAGCAAAACAACCCAAGGGUGAAGUAGCUGACAGUACUCAUGAAGAAGGGACCUUCAUCCACGAACUACUCAUGGCCUCGUCACUGCCAAAGGGCUUGAGUGACAAAUGGCUGUUUGAUUCUGGUGCCAGUUAUCACAUGUCUGGCAGAAAGGAGUGGUUCACGAACAUGGUAAAGAAGGAGAAGAGUCUCAUUCGAGUGGGAGAUGGUAAAGUACUUGAAACAAAUUUGUAUGGCACCAUAAAUAUAAGUGUUUUUAAUGGUGAAUCUUGGGUAAAAAUGAGUCUCAAUAAUGUACUAUUUAUUCCUGAAUUAAAAUAUAAUUUAUUUUCCAUGAGCAGUGCUGCAGAUAAAGGUUAUGCAGCAACGAUGACAAACAGCAAGUGUAUCAUCACGAAAAAUGGGUGGACAGCAGCAGUGGGAGAUAGAGAAACUUCUACACCAUGA